AUGGCAGAAAAAAAGAUAGACGAUUCUCCUUUUCUUUCAAAAAUGGAAACUUUUGAAAUAUCAGAUAAAAAAAAUAAGAAAUCAAAAAAUGAUAUUAAGGAUGGAUAUAAAAAUUUAGAAAAUGAAUUUAACUUUGAUGAAGAAAAAGUAGAGAAUAAUGAACAAGAGAAAGAAAAAAUAAAUAAGGAUAAUGAUAAAAAAGAAGUUAAUAUAAGAACUAUUAAAAUUGACAGAAAAAACUUAAAAAAAAUGUUCAGUAGUCAAUUUUUUACUCAGACGUUAACUGAUGAUUCAAGUUCUGAUACAGCCAAUGUGUCAAAGCUAAAUAAAAAAUAUUUCAUUUGUGAAUUCUUUAAAAGAUUUUUUAUAAUACUACUAUUUUUUAUUACUUCCUUUUAUGCAAUAUUUUAUAUAUAUAACAAUUAUUUUAAUCGAAAACAUAUUUGUGGUAAUCUAGAUUUAUAUAAUUAUAAAUAUGAUAAUGAGGUACGUUUUGUUCCAAGUAUUAGUAACACGAAAUAUUAUGUUUUUACAGGAAAAUUUCCUUUUGAUGUUAUAACAUAUAAGUUAAGAAAAGAUGUUUUAAAAAAUAGCAUGAAUGAAGAAUUAAAAAAAUAUAAGAGAGAAGAUCAAACAGAAAUUUAUGAACAGAUAGAAAACUUAGAUGAUCAUCAAAUUCAAAUUUUGUCUUUUACAAAAUAUAAUAGUAAAAUGAAAUGUGAAAAAAAAAUUUUGGAUUUAUAUACCCCAUUUUAUUUAAAAACAACAGAUGCCAAUAUCAAAAAUUAUGAUUAUGUAUUAAGUGAAGUUAAUUAUAAUUUCAUAACAAAUCCUUACAAUAUUCCAGAAAAAAAAUUGUACAUGGAACUUUUAAAUUUUGUGAAAAAAAAUGAAAACCAAAACAAAAUUUGUUUUAUUACUUCUUAUUUAAAAUCAUUAAAAGAAGAUGAUAACUUAAGUAAUAGGAUGUUAAAUGAAAAUAAUUUUACUAAUGAAUAUUCUAUGGAUGAAAAAUCAAAUAACAUAGAUGAUCCAAAUAAAUUUAUGAAUGAUCCAUCAAAUAAUAAAAGAUACUUAAAAAAUAGGAGUUCAAGUGAAGAGCAAGGACCAUCAUCAUAUCAAGAAAAUAAUUUUAGUAGUAAUAAUAAUGAUAAUAAUUUUAGUAGUAAUAAUAAUGGUAAUGGUAAUAAUUUUAGUAGUAAUAAUAAUAGUAAUGGUAAUAAUUUUAGUAGUAAUAAUAAUAGUAAUGGUAAUAAUUUUAGUAAUAAUAAUAAUGGUAAUGGUAAUAAUUUUAAUAGUACUAUUUAUAACAACAAUAAAGUAUCUCCAAAAAAAAAAAUUAUUUUUCUUUAUGAUUCUUAUGAUAAUAAUUUGGUAAAUUUAAUUAUUGCCAUUUAUAAUAUGCAAUAUGGAAAUAUAUAUAAUAAUUUAAAAGAAUACUGGGAAGAGUUAAAAAAAAACUUUAGAAUAAUAAAUGCUGAAGAAAUUUAUUUAUUUGAAUGGUACUGUUUAGCUAUAAAUUACAAUAUAAUAGAAAAUAAUAAUCAAUUUAAGUUAAAUUGUGUUGAUCUUUUAAAAUAA